CUGCAGCCCGGUGCACGGAGCACGGAGCCCGGACCAGUGGCCCAGUGCAGCCCGGUGCACGGAGCCCGGAGCAGACCUGCCCAUUGCAGCCGGAGCCCGGACAGCGCCAGCCUGCCCGAGUGCAGCCGGUGCCCAGAGCAGAGCGAAGCGAAGCUGUCUGUCUGCGCGAUCCCAAGCUUGUAGAGGAGCGGGGGAGAGAGAAGGAGGGCACACAAGCGAGCAAGCGAGCGAGGCAGCCCCAUUGGCAGUGCGGCGCAGGAGAGAGCUGCAGGCAACGAGCUGCCCAGCCCCGGUCAGCGAGAGCUGUCUUGCCCAGCCCCACUGUCAGUGUGUGUGUGUGUGAGAGAGAUAGAGACGGAGCUGCAAGAGCGUAUGAUCCAGCCAGCCCGGGAGAGAUAGAGAGAGCUGGUACUUCUGCUGCUGCUGCUGCUGCUGGGCUCUGGAGCUCACGGUGGACACAUGUGGUGGCGUUGCUGCGCGCAGGAUGCGUGAUGUGCCCUGUGUAAGAUGGUGGGGUCGGAGAACCUGCGAUUGAGCCGAGGUCCGCGAUCCGCCGCCUAUCGUCAUGGUGGAGUCCCACCCGCCAGGCUGGACACUUGCUAUUGCUCCGCACUUUCUGCUGGCGAUGCUGACUCUAUGCACAACACUACCUGUUAAUUCAUCAGCCUACCCUACCUCCCUGAGUGACUGCCAGACUCCCACCGGCUGGAACUGUUCGGGUUUCGACGACAGGGAGCACGACCUGUUCCUCUGCGACGUGAAUACCUGUCAGUUCGGCGGGGAGUGCUUGCGGAUCGGGGAGACCAUCACCUGUGACUGCCAGCUGAAGUGCAGCACCGACUAUAUGCCAGUGUGCGGAUCCAAUGGCAACACCUACCAGAACGAGUGCUACCUGCGACAGGCUGCCUGUAAGCAGCAGAGCGAAAUCAAGGCGAUGGGAGAAGGAUCUUGUUCCAACGAUAUGGGAUCAGGUUCUGGGGGUGGAGGGAAUGAAGGUUCUGGAGAAACUACUCUGAAGAAAACAUCUUCAUGUGAUAUCUGCCAGUUUGGAGCAGAAUGCGAUGAAGAUGCAGAAGACGUGUGGUGUGUCUGCAACAUUGACUGCUCCCGCAUCAGUUUCAACCCUGUAUGUGCUUCUGAUGGAAAAUCCUAUGAUAACCCUUGUGAAGUUAAGGAGGCGUCCUGCCAGAAUCAAAAUUUCAUAGAAGUGAAACAUUUGGGAAGAUGUCCAGAGAAUGUGACGGUAGGUACAAAAACAGAAGAUGGACUUUUUGCAAGAACUGAUUAUACAGAAAAAAAUGCCAAUAAAUUAGAAAAUCCAGCCCAAGGAUUAUUUAUUCCAUGUCCCAAUCUCUUUGAUGAUCAUUGUCUACAUGGAAAAUGCGAAUACUUGAUUAACAAACAGGAACCAUCUUGCAGUUGCGAAGCAGGUUUUAAAGGACCACGCUGUGAACAAAAGGAGUUUAAUGUUUUGUAUGUAGUACCUGGAGCUGGGAAACUUCAGUAUGUCUUAAUAGCAUCCAUCAUUGGAGCUGUGCAGGUGGCCAUCAUUUUGAUUGUAGUUCUUUGCAUAACAAGAAAAUGUCCUCGGGGCAACAGAAUUCAAAGACAGAAGCAAAAUGCGACACACUACAGUUCUGACAACACCACAAGAGCAUCAACAAGAUUAAUUUAAAGCAAGCAUGAUUGUACAGCUGCAAAAGUAAUUACACAAAGCUCGGACUAUUGAUUAUCAUACAAAAUGGAACAACACAUGUUGCCUUGCAUUUGUGUUAUACUACACCAAUGAAUACAUAUACUACAGUUAUAUUUGAUUAUGUCUGGAUAUAUUUCAAAUAGUAUAUAAUGUCUUGAUGUGUUUUUUCUGUAAUAAAUAAAUAAAUGGUUAACAAUUUAUAUCACUUGAUUUAGUUUGCACAUGAAGUACUAUAAAGCUGGACUAAUGAAAAAUAAAUACUUCGAUGAUGUUUCUUAAUUUUUUAAAGAUGAAAUGUGCUAUUGAUUUUUUUUUUAAAGCAAGCAAUUUGUAUUGUCCGGUCAGGUUUUGCCUUUGUUAACUAGAGAAAAUGAGGAUCUAUGAAGUUGUUCAUUGAAAAUUAAUUUAUGGAAGCUAUGAGUUAAAGACCAAGAGGUUCAACGUUAAUUUUUUACUCGCUUGUAAUGAAGGCCAUUGAGCUUUCAAACCUCCAUUAUACUAUAAUGGCAGUGCUGUUUAUUUGGAUUCAGUAGUAAUGUAUACAUACCAGUAUAAUACAGCAUAAAAAAAUCUGUCAACAAGGCUCUCUUUGUUUAAACGGAUAACCUCCAUAAAUGUCAUUAGUGAAGUAUCCUAUUUUAUAUUGUGUGUGUGCUUAUGCACUUGCAUAAAUCAGUGUACCUUUUACAUGAAUACAAGAGCUUUCAUUAUGAACAACUUUUAUCACUUGGUUAGAGAUCACCUAGCCUGGUUAGUAAAAAAACAAUGGUUUAAAUGUGAUUCAUUGACCAAAGUGGUAGAAAUUAGAGGAUCACACACAUACUUUUUGAUAAUGCCAGGAUAAUUAGAGCGUUGUUUUGCUCUAUUAAGGAUCCUCAUUUGAAAUGUACAUUUCCAGUGCUAACGUUUCAUAAUAAGAUGACAAAAAUAAAAAUAUUACAGCAGCAA